AUGGCCACCAUGCCACUCAAGCGAGGUCGUCCUCCCAAGGGCACGUUUGAUGACCCAAAGGACGUUGCCGCGGGCACCACACCACUCAAGCGAGGCCGUCCGCCAAAGCGCCAGGUGCCCGACGUUGAGCCAGAGGAUCUAGAUGCUUCAAACAAGAAAUUCAAGCUCGCAAACGGCUCCUCAAACUUGCGCGAUCCUCACCCCUUCUCCGCCGAAGCAGAAGAGCAUGGAAUUGUGCUCCGUAAAUACUACCCACACGAGAUGAGCAAUGCUCGCGCGCUCGCCUACAAUAACAACGAGAUACCGCGUCCCAUUGAGACAUUGCUUGGCGCACUGGAAGGCACAGGGCAGACGCGCAAGGGCAUCAAGGCUAAAGACGCUGUCGUGCACUGGUUCAAGAUGGACCUUCGAACCUCGGACAAUCGUGCCCUGUGGCUUGCAAGUCAAAAGGCGAAAGAAGCUGGAGUACCAUUGAUUGGCCUAUACGUUAUUAGUCCCGAGGACUUUAAGGCGCAUCUGACUGCGCCUGUUCGCAUCGACUUUAUGAUUCGCACAUUGCACGUUCUGAAACAAGACCUGGCCGCACUGGAUAUUCCACUCUAUGUUGAAACCGUAGAAACCCGAAAAGAUGUGCCUGAGCGCAUCAUUGAAUUCUUGGAGGAAUGGGGCGUAAGCCAUUUGUUUGCCAAUAUGGAAUACGAGGUGGAUGAGCUACGCCGGGAUGCGAAUUUGAUAAAAACCUGUGCUGAGAAGGGCAUUGAUAUGCAGGUUGUCCAUGAUACCUGUGUUGUUCCGCCCGGGCUGCUCACGAGCGGCAGUGGAAAACAAUACUCCGUGUACAGCCCGUGGAGACGGGCAUGGGUCGCCAAGAUUCACGCUGACCCAGAGCUGCUCAACUUGUUUGACGCUCCCGAGAAGAACCCAGCCAAUGCGCGAGACAAGGUUGCUGCCCUCUUUGAUUGCGAGAUUCCCGACGUGCCAGAGGGGCACCAGCUGUCUGAAAAAGACGCGCAACGUCUACACGCCAUAUGGCCGGCAGGCGAGCAUGAAGCCAGAGCCAGACUCGAGAAAUUUUGCGAUGAAAAGAUCGGGCAAUAUCAUAACGCAAGAAAUUUUCCAGCUGGUGUCAGUACCUCGAACAUUUCUGUGCAUCUUGCAGCCGGCACUCUCAGUGCGAGAACUGCGGUCCGAUAUGCGCGUGAUCGAAACAAGACAAAGAAAUUGGAUGCUGGCAUGGAGGGAAUCCAGACUUGGAUCAGCGAGUUGGCCUGGCGUGAUUUCUACAAGCACGUCAUGGUCAACUGGCCAUAUAUCUGCAUGAACAAGCCUUUCAAGCCUGAAUAUUCGAAUAUUACCUGGUCCUACAACAUGGCACACUUUGAUGCUUGGAAGACGGGGCACACGGGAUUUCCGAUAGUCGACGCCGCCAUGCGCCAGGUCCAGUCCAUGUCGUGGAUGCAUAAUCGCUGCCGCAUGAUCGUGGCUUCGUUUCUCGCCAAGGACCUGCUGCUUGAUUGGCGGAUGGGAGAGCGCUACUUUAUGGAGAAUCUGAUUGAUGGGGAUUUUGCGUCCAACAAUGGUGGCUGGGGCUUCAGCGCCAGCGUCGGAGUCGAUCCGCAACCAUAUUUUAGAAUCUUCAACCCGGUGCUUCAGAGCGAAAAGUUCGAUCCCAAGGGCGAAUACAUUAAGAAGUGGGUGCCAGAGCUGAGGGAAUGCAAUGAGAAGGAGGUGCACGACCCGUAUGGCAGAGGCGCUGCAAAGAAGGUUGAGAAGAUGGGCUAUCCGAAGCCCAUUGUUGUGCACAAGGACUCGAGGGAUCGGGCCUUGGCUGUGUACAAGGAAGGGCUGGGGCGGGAUAAGCCUUGA